UUCGCCAUCAAGAUCAAAUGCCUAGACAGCGCAAGAUGGAUAACCUUCGACUGUGUGUACUCACUGUCUUAGCGUCAAUUGCAAGUCAUGUGGUCGUUGUGGAAUGUUGCUCGUGCAGAGCACCAGAUCCUUUCGACGAAAUCUGUAGUCGUGAUUUGGCGAUCCGGGCUAAAGUGGUAUCUGUCACAUACCCGAAUGGGCUUCCAGAAGAUGAAAACGAACUCUACGAUGUACGACAUGAAUUAGAGAUACAAGAAGUGAUCGCCUCACCUGAUGAAACUGAAGCUGUCCCGGAUGUUUUGGAGACUUUUGGACCGGGACACUUGUGUGGUCUUGAACUCAGGACUGGUUAUACAUAUAUCUUGGCUGGAAACAUCCGUAACGAUUCCAUGAAUCCAGGAAAGCAAGUAUUGGCCAUGUUUCUGUGCCAUUUGCAUAUCCUUAUUGGCGGUGCAUGGGGAAUAUCUGAGGGAGAAGCAGACGAGCUCGUUGAUAUGGUCAAUUGUAGCAAUCCUGCUCGGUUUUAUACAGCAGAAAACCCAUUUCUACGUCGCACUGUAUAUGAAACUCAGCUGGGAAAACAGCACAACGAAGAAGCUGCCCCGGUUAAGAAGACAUUGACGCCAAAAGACAGCAAUGAUCCAUUCAAAGCGUUCAUAAAUAGAAUCAAUCAAAGAGAGCUGGCAAGUGGUAUAGAAUCGUUCCUGUCCGCCGCUUCAGGAAGCAUUCGCAAAAGAAUGGCAAGACGGUUACCUUUGUAACUGAUUUCGCAUGACCGGUCGUCCACUAGAUGCAGUUUGAAAUUUUCCUGUAGUUAUAAAGAAAAUGCAAAGAAAAAAUAAAAUAUAAAUGUUCA